UUUCAGACCGGACACGAGUAAGCGUUGAUCAUGAGGUACAAACUGCAGAGCUGCCUGCCAAGCAUAUUAGGUCUACCGGUUUGUGAAACAGAUGCAAACAACACCGACCACACAAGGCUUCAAGUAGAAAUCGACAUGCUUAAAUCUGAACUUACACGGGUCACAGGCGAGCGGGACGAGGAAGCUCAGAAACAGAUGAAGAUUGAACAAGAACUGACGGACCUGAAACAUGAAAUUGAACGAGCUUACACCGAGCGAAAGGAUCAAGCAACCGCACAUAUGAAGUAUGAAGAAGAAAUUACACAACUGAAAAGCGAACAAGUAUUUGCAAAGGACGGCUACGCAACUUUGAAAAAGGAACUUCAAGCCCUAAAAGAAGAUAACUCGCGCCUUCAAAAAGAAAUUGAACGAGCUAACACCAAGCGAGAAGAUCAAGCAACCACACACAUGAAGUAUGAAGAAGAAAUUACACAACUGAAAAGCGAACAAGUAUUUGCAAAGGACGGAAACGCAACUUUGACAAAGGAACUGCAAGCCCUAAAAGAAGAUAUUGCGCGCCUUCAAAAAGAAUUACAGACAUCGGACUUAGAAAAAGAGGAACGGACACGUGAUUUGCAAGAACUACUGAAAGCAAAUAAUGAUCUUGAAACAGAAUUACAGAAAUCGGACGCAGAAAAAGGACAAGUGAAACUUGAAUUACAAGAGCUGCAGAAAGCAAAAGAUAUUCUUCAAACAGAAUUACAGAAAUCAGACUCAGAGAAAGACAAACUCAAACAUGAUUUGCAAGACCUACAGAAAGCUCGAGAUUUUCUUCAAUCAGAACUCACUUUUAAAACGAAAGAAGAGGUGAAGUUAAGUGCACUCUAUAAAGAAUCACUACAGACAACAAAAGAUCUCCAGAAAAAAUUACAACAAUCGGAGUCAGAAAAUAAGAAAAUAACAAACGAUUUCAAAGAACUACAGAAAGCAAGAGAUGUUCUUAAAACAGAGCGACAAAAGGCAGAUUCCGAAAUCGAAAAGCUGACGAAAGACAAACAAGUCUUACAGAAGGACAAUGGACUUCUUCAAGACCAGCUUAAGUCGAGAUCAGAAGAUGUAGCAAAGCUUAUGAACGACAAUAACGACAAAAAUAAAGCACAGCGGCAACUUCGUCAAGACCUAGACAAAGCGAAUGCAGAAAUUGUGAGGCACAAAAAAGACUUACUCGACGUACAGAAAGAAUGCGCUAAUCUUGAAAAGCAACUGCAACAGGAGAAGCAGCGCGGAAGUAUUCAACACCAAAGUCUUGAAAAAUCAAAUACCAAGUCAAAUACCGGGGCAUCCUACAUGGUUAAUCUAAACGAUGAAAACAGGCCGGAUAAAGUAGCGGAGAGGUUUAGGAAGCUCUAUAAUGACGAAUGGACCGAUUGUCUUGAAGUGCUAAAGUUGCUAUUAUCAGAGGAGAAAGUGUGUCAAAUGCUGUUAGGAAUUUGUGUGAAAAUUUAUACAACUUACGCGAAUGCUUUUGAUAAACGUCAAAAAGAGCAUGCCUGGUUAAAAGCAGAUACGGAAUUAGCAGAGUAUUUAAAUGCCCGCCUCAAAAGUUUGAACCUGAAAGUAACUUCCGACGCUAUAAAUUCAUACUGGACCAUGUGCAAGGAAAUUUGCAAGUCAAUGAUUGCACAUGACCCUCCAAUGUAUAUGGAUACUGACACUGAUAAACACGGUAUUACAUUUGAUACCAAAUUAUACGAAGGAUACACGAAGAGAGGAAGCCAAAUCGAUUUUGUUGUUUGGCCUGCCUUAUAUCUAGAGAAAAACGGCCCCUUGCUUCACAAAGGUGUUGCCCAAUGCAAAUAAACUUCAUUUGGGGUUUGACUUCAAAGUUGUAAAGACAAUAAUUUUAGCUAAUAAAGUAUUGUUUAAAUGAAGUUAUAACUUAACUAACGCAUUCAAUAUUUUUUUCAAUAUAAUGUACCAUAGAACACUUUUAUUUUAAAAUAAAACAUGUCUUGCAUGUAAUGCAUAUUAGAACGAUUCACUUAAAACGGUGAUUGUUAGUUUUAUGAGUACUAUAAUCAGACAGCGAUAAAGUGAACGACCGGAAAAUGUAAAAGUAAUUAACAAUUUGUAUAUUAAGAAGAGGGAUCAUUUAUAUAAUUUACCAAUGACAGCUUAGAAAAACAUCUUAGUUUGUACAAACGAAGUCCGUGACAGCAGAAAAUGUGUUUUUUCUUACUUGAGCGUGAAUCUAUUUUUAAUAUGAAUAUGUUUGUGUUCUAUCUUGUUAUAUAUACUUAUUCUGUCUACCUUUUCAUUAAAACAGCUAUGUUCAUCGUGAAUUAUUCCACACACCACAUACAUGUUCCCGGCUUAGUCUGUUUUGUUGUUUUGAUAAAAUAAAAUUAAUGUGUAAACGUCCAUGUACAAAAAUAGGUAUGCUUUGUUUGAAAUAAGCAAAUACGCUCAUUUGUAACGAACGGCAAUUUUAAAUAAAUAUUUCACAAUAUAAAACAUCGAACCUUUGCUGGAUUUAAAGCUAAAGAUCAACCUUUAUUUCCAUGUCCCAUACCCCUACGCUUUACCCCUUGACUACCAAAACCAACUGCUUCAAUUAUUUAUAUAACCCAUAUAGGAAAAACGAGCGCCGUUUAUGUUACAGUUAAUGUUUAUGUACUGUUAUUAUUUCAGACGGUCAAUUAUUUCGUCGGACUAAACCGAUUAACAGUCGAUACGUCCUCGCUAAACAAAUGCUAUCUAUGAUAUAUGUACUGAAAAUUUACAUAUAUAAAAUCACGUGUUUUUGUAAUGUUCAUAACACAGUAUGUGAUUACGUUCCAUUUUAUCAUUUCAUUCCGAAAACAAGCUUGUUAUGCGAUGUAUCAGAUAUCGUAAUGCUUUCAUCUUUAUUAAUACUUAUAAUACAUUGAUUCCACUGUUCUUAUAAAUUCUAGUUGAUAAAAACGUUGUUGAUCAUUUUGUUUUAAAAGCAUGUGUAUAAUAUGUCCUAUCUCGUAUCGCAUGUAAUUAUGUUGCUUUUACAAUACUUGUAUUUUUGUUGAUAACAUGUGUUCUUUUUAUUUUUAUAAGAUUAUGACCGAGAUUACUAUCAUGUUUUGUAUAGAACAACUAUACUAUAAUAGCCAACAACAAACUGUAAUCUAAACAGUGUAUUUUUUUUUAAACUGCCUAUACUUAUGUUCAGUUUGAAGUUAAUAAAUGUUAAAUGUUUAAACAGUCACUUAUAAAUUUUAUUAUUUUUCUUCAUGUAUGUCUGUUUAUCUCUGACCAUGU